AUGGACGAUUACCCUCAGUUGUGGCCGGCGGAGGACGACGCGGUCGACGGGACGGAGGAUCUGAACGCGGAGGAGGCGGCGCGUUCUGUACACUGGUUCCCAUACGACCCCAAGAGAACGGAGCGACGCGAGCUCGCCGCGGAGGUUUUCGUGCUCGCCAAGGGCGUGUUCUUCGUCGUCCCGGCGUUAACCUUGGGGUUCUCGUGGGUCCUCGGCGCCGUGUUCGCGGAGAUUGAAGGGUGGUCCAACGAGAACGGUUUCUAUUACGUCGUCUCGAUGUUAUUCGGCCUGCCGGACCCCAUCACGGAUCCGCCGGAGCUGUCGCCGACGACGACUAACGGGAAGAUAUGCGACGUGUUCAUCGCGCUCCUCGCGUGGUCUCUGAUCGGAACCUUCGUCGGCAUCAUCGUGAACCUGAACGUGAUCUCGCGCUUCGUGGGCUGGCUCGAGAGCGGCGGGUCCCGUUGGCGGCGACUGUUCAACGUGAAAACGCUCGGAGACUUUGAAGGCGACGCCCUGCGCGAGGUGGACGACGCGAGGACGAUGCGCGAAGCCGCGCGGACCUUCGGGGAGAUCAACGCGGAGAUGGCGUCCGCGCGCGCGGAGCUCCUGGGGUUGAUAGCCCCCGAGGGGACGCCGAAGAAUAAGGCGUGA